UAGCUUUAAGAGAGAUAUAAGGGAGGAGGAGGAGGAGGAGGCUGUGGGGGCGGGGCGCACGGCAGCCUCCAUAACAGACCCGCCAGGCAGUCAACAUGAUCCGGUUCAUCCUCAUCCAGAACCGGGCGGGCAAGACGCGGCUGGCCAAGUGGUACAUGAACUUUGAUGACGACGAGAAGCAGAAGCUGAUUGAGGAGGUGCAUGCGGUAGUGACGGUGCGCGACGCCAAACACACCAACUUUGUGGAGUUCCGUAACUUCAAGAUUGUCUACCGUCGGUAUGCCGGGCUGUACUUCUGCAUCUGUGUUGACAUAGCGGACAACAACCUGGCGUACCUGGAGGCCAUUCACAACUUCGUGGAGGUGCUCAACGAGUACUUCCACAACGUGUGCGAGCUCGACCUGGUGUUCAACUUCUACAAGGCCUACAGCGUGGUGGACGAGAUGUUCCUGGCGGGGGAGAUCCGGGAGACCAGCCAAACGAAGGUACUCAAGCAGCUCCUUAUGCUCAACUCGUUAGAAUAAAGGGGUGCCCUCCACCGACCCCACACACAAACAGCUGGCUCGGGCAACCUGCAAGAGAGAGAGUGAGAGUGAGAGAGAUAAAAAGAGAGAGAAAGAGAAGGCCAAAAGAUCAAGGUAGCAUGGGAUAAAAGUACUUCUCCCCUUCCUCCCCUCCUCCCCCACCUUCGGGUUGUGUAUAUAUGUACUGUAAGACAUCCACGGCCUCUCCAGCGCUGACUGAUGGCCUGGGGGAGUGGUGCCCAGUGCCCAGCUGUCCUGCAGAGCUGCCUGUCUAUGUAUAUUUAGCGUAUGUAAAGUAUUAGAGAGGAAUGCUAGUGGUGAGUGUUGGCGCUCACACAACGAGUCUCAUAACAUAACAGUCCAUCAGUCAGUCAGUCACUCAGUUAGUCAGUCAGUCAGUCGUUCAGUCAGCCAGUCAAUCAUUCAGGGCCAUACAGUUAAAUGCCACCACCACUACCACCUCCAGUUUUAUAUACACACACGCACACACACACUCACAUGCACAUGCACACACACACACACAUGCGCACACACACGCACACGUUAGGCAGCAGAGGAGGGGCUCAUCCAUGCUAUUGUUUUCAUGCCAUAAUUUUAUUUCAUGCAUACGUAAACUCAGGUCCCUUGGCUGGCCUGGUCACUGGUGGUGUGUCUGGCCUGGCAAUGCACAGAACUUAUAUUUUACUCAUAAUUAAUAUAAUUCUUACCGGUCUGAAACUAUCUGUGAAAGGGUAAGAUAUAUUUCUUCCUCUCUUUUUCUUCUCAUACUCAUUUUUUUGUUUUUGUAACAUGGCAGACUCAUCAUGUGAAUAAUGUUGUUCCUCCUAACUUCCUCUCCCUCUGGUGUUCUUCCUCCUUGGUAGCCGCAAGGUCUGUCACGAUGCCAUUCCCUUAAGAGGCACACAGUGUGGUGGCCAA